AAGACAGAGGAUGCAGUGAAUGAGUCUCCAUAUGUGCAGUUACAUUAUGAUGGCUUAAUGUGGACAAUGGAUAUUUUAUCUCUGACCACAACCUGUAAGAUGGAUCUCUACAACUUUCCAUUUGACAAACAAAACUGCAGUUUAACUCUUCAAUCUUUAACCUAUAAAGAAAAUCAGCUAAUAUUGAAGAAAGGCACAGAUCAGGAUUCCCUUACCCUUGAAUCCAAGAAGAUCUUUCAGACUGAGGGAGAGUGGGAACUGCUCGAUAUAAAUAUGACAACAACCUAUUCCGAGACUUUGUGGGUCAAUAGAAGUCGCAUUGCAUUUCAGAUCACCAUCAUGAGGAGAUCUCGGAUGUAUAUCAUCAACUUAAUUUUUCCAGUAUUCUGUGUCCUUGUGCUGGAUGUAGCCUCCUUCUUCAUAAAUGCAUCUGUAGCAGACAAGCUGGGCUUUAAAGUGACUUUACUGCUGUCCAUUUCUGUGUUACUGCUGAUUCUUCAUGACAAGCUGCCAUCUACCUCCAGUAAAAUCCCAUUGAUUGGGGUUUACUGCGGUGGGAUUUUCACACUUAUUGGUAUAAGCAUUCUGGAAACCAUCUUUGUGAAUUUUCUGAUUUCUAAAGGAGAAGCACCAGCGGAAACCAAAGAUGCUGCUACUGGUCAUGAUGAUGGCGUAGACACGUUUACCAUGAGAAUUGAAGAGCCGACAUGUACAGUCAACACUCAGAAGAAGGCAUCACUGUACUGGAACAGAGCGGCAAGAAUCAUAGAUGAGACCUUCAUUGUUCUUUACAUCAUCACUGUUAUUGUGUUUCUGUCUGUUCUUGGCAAUAUUUGGUUUCAUUUCGAAUAACCUCUUAUACAACCUUUUAUUGUAUGUGGCUCCCCAGUGUUUGUUUAAUUCUAUUCACGUCCCUUUAAAUUGGCCAUUUAUGAAAAUCUGACUUUUUUCAUGUUUUAGUAUUAUAACUGGGUCCCCAGUGCUUCUAUCAACAUAGAAAAUGCAAUUUCCAUUAAAUUUCUGUCAUGAAUUAAUGGAUUGCUGGAAAUAGUCUUCAAUGAUUUCUUAACAGGAUUUGCCAAGAACGAAUGACACUGGCGAUCACGUAGUUAUCAACAACAAAACAAUAACCAGGCAGUAGCCCCCAGUAAAACCAGCGGAGCUAAAAACAAUACCACCGGAAUCAGUAGCGCCUCCUAGUGGAGCUUACAACAAUAAUCAUUUAUAUCACAUAACAAUUUCUUUUGUUGGAUAUUUUAGUGAAAAAGUGUGACCCGGGGGAUUAAAUGGUUAAACAUUUAAGAAAAAAAAGUAAAAAAAAACUUCUUCAUUUUAGUUAACAUUUUUAACCUACAAAAUCCAUAACUUGGGAACUUAAAAUGCUCUGAGGAAAAGCCAUCUUUGCUUCUGAAUAUUUAAUCACUGUUUCAGUUAUUAUUGUUUGUUUUGGUAUACAGGGACACUUUCAUCUACAAAAUGCUGUUUCGGGUGUAUUUUCUGGGUGGAUUAAGUUCAUUUAAUGAUUGUCGUGGACUAUGUCAUAAAGUUUUGUGUUAUAUCAAUAAGUUUGCUAUAGACCCUUUUACAACGCACAUGAUCAAAUAGCCUGCGCGCAUUUAGGCAACAGAAGUGGUGUUAUUCUAAUGUGUUAGCAACUCAGAAAGUUGAUCAAAACAGUUACCCAGCAUCAAAAUGUCUGGUUGUUGCGUUUGGUUGCACUAAUAUAACAUAAUAAUAUACAUAUGUAUCUGGCAACUUUAUUUUUGGCCAUCUGCUAACAUCUUCUAUCCACUCCACAAUACACGGAUCUUGUAGCUGUGUUGAAAAAGUUGAUAGUGUCAACUUUUUAAAAUAACUUUCUAUGUCUGUGUUGCUUCACUGCUGAUUCUUGUCAUACUUCCGUUGCCAAGAUGCGCGUGCAUACGCUGCCACGUCAUCAUUGUGUCCAAACAGUAAAAGGGUCUAUAUGAACAUAAAUUAAUCUAAAACUUUAAAUGUAAUGUAGUUUAAGAAACUAAGUGUGUAAUUUGUUUUCUUUAUACUAAUACACUUUAAAACCUUUAAGUUUGCAAUAAUUAACUGGUAGCAGCUUUACCUGCACAGUACUGUUUAGUUUACAGUUUUUACUGUAUUAAGAUUUACAGUGUAAUACUACAAAUAAAUGUGCAGUUCAUUACUGCAUUCCUGUACAUUUACAACACAAAACAACAGUAAAUUACUGUACAUUAACAGUAUGUCAAUUGCAUUUAAUUUACACACUGUAAAAAUACUUUGCUGCCUUAAAAUUUUUUGUUAAAUCAACUCAGGUUUACAAGUCAUGUCAAUAGAAAUGAGUUGUCGAAUAUAAAAUAUAGUUGAGAAAAGUCAACUUAAUUUUAUAAGUUAUAACAACUCACCUGGAGUUAUAACAACUCAUCUCUUGUCAAGAUAAAUAAUAGUAAGUUAAAAUGACUUGUAAAUCCGAGUUGAUUCAACAAAAUUGUUUAAGGCAGCGAAGUAUUUUUUACAGUACAGAGAAACACAGAUAACUGAGUUCCUGGCCAUGUACUGUAUUUUACAGGAGUGCUGCUGUACCAUCUUCUGAUUACAUAAAACAAGGUUAAACCUGAGGCUUUGACUGAGUUGUGUUUUUGUAUAUAAGUCUGUGCACUGAAAAAAAUGGACUUAGUGGGUCUUUGAAUUUACAUAAAAUAAACAUGUAUAUGCAACACAAAAUAUUUAUAUUCCUUGUGUAAACAUAAUUUAAUUGAUUAGGAUUAAAAUGUUUUGUUUGAAUGUAAAAUCAACACAUUAUUCUCACAUUGAUUAAAAUUGAUUGAAUUGAAUACUUAAAGCAAUAAAAUUGGGUUUGCACACAAAACGGCACCUCCUGAGCAGCAGGUGGCAGUAAAGCUCAAUGAAAAGGACGUCAAUUGCCAUAAAAAAAGAAUAAAUAUCGUUUGUUUUGGGCGCCAAAAUGAAGACUCAGCACAGCAGUCAGUCAGAAGAACUCUCUCAGACGGACACCACGUUAUUAAAGUAAGUUCUAUUAUUUAUUUAUGUUUGCUUUAUACGUGAUACAUCUUAACUAGAUAGACUGUUUUUUUACAAUAUGUAGCCAUUGCAAUGACUUGUAGUAAAAAUUUGUUUGGAGGAGGUUGGUGGAGUAAUUUAACGUUGCAGUCAGUCAGGCUCAUAAAGAAAAACACAGCGUUUUAAAAACGUCAGCUGUUUAACGUUAUUUCACCUUUGGUAGUUUUAUCUGAGUUGAAAACUGUCAGCUUUGAGUUGACUUUUGAGGCACUUUUUACUCAGUUGUUCUAUGGAAACGUGUCAGGACAAAUAAAACGCUAACCAAAAGUUAUUCUGUCCAGAGUAACGUUAUCCAUGUAAGUAAUUUACCAGAUGAUAUCAAUUGACUACAUUAACGAACAUUAAAUUAUUCGUGACUUCGCUACACCACGAGCAACACUUGAUUCAAUUAGAAAAAGCUUUUUUUAAAUGUCUCGCGUGACGUCUGGUAUAUUAACUGAAAAAAAAAGGCUUUGAAGUGGCCACAUCUUAAAGCUGACGUUUUCAGAAGAGCACCUUGUUGUUUUAAGAUCUCAUUUUGUCCAAAAUUUCGUCCUAUGACAGAUAUAAUACUUAUUUCAUUAUUGUUCUGUGUAUGUGUGACCUUCAUCAUUUGAGGUUGUGUGUUGAUUCACAUCUGAAUAUUUCCUCUUAUAGGUCCAUCAUCCUUUCAUGCGCUACACAGCAUUGAUAAAUGCUGAAUUUAAAAGAACCACUACUUUCUUAUGUUCCUGUGUCACCUGGACCUCCAAUCCAAAAACCUGAUGAAACUCUUCUAUCAGAAAGGAGGACAGCUAGCAAAAAGACUUCAAACAAUUAAUGAUCAAAUGACAGAUGGCAUGGAUGAAGUCAGCAUCAGUGAGGUCAUUUGAAGACACCACUGUUGGGAUUUGUGCUCUCAAACAACAUGCUUCUUGUGAUGAAGAAGAGGAUCAUUGUAUAGUCCUGGAAGCCAUGAAGGUGUUGCAACAUCGUGCCAUGUUGUUUGAGCUGAUGUAUGCCUUAAAUCUGAGCUAUCCUGAUCUCCGUUUUAUUUUUGAGGAAAUCCAAAAGAUUUUAAUGGAACUGCAUUGAGCGUAACUUUAACGAACAGUUUCUUUCAGUGAAAGGAUCAGAAAGACUGUGCUGCUCAUUUUUGACUUUGUUUAUCUGUUUUAAGUGUUUUCUCUUAUUAAUACAUUAACAGUUUGCUGCUCAGAUUCGA